AUGUUAACAGAUGUAUCAACAAAAACAGUUUUACCUACAUCAACUAUUGAAUGGGCUAUGUGGGCUAAUGAACAUGUUUUAUUAACCGGUUAUGUUUUAGCAAUAUUCAGUAUUUUAACAAUUAUUUUUCAAUUUUCAUUAUGGCAAAUAGCUAUUUAUGGACUUAUACUUGCAUUAUUUAUUAUUCUUAUUGAAUAUCCACGUAGUGGACGUAUUGUUAAAAAAUCAAAAGCACGACCAUUACAACAAUAUCCAUCAGUAUUACUUACAAAAUUAGGUCCAUUAACUCGAAAUUAUUUUAUUCGUUUUGUUAUAUAUAUUUUACUUAGCCUUCCUUGUCUUUUUCUUAUGUCAACUAUUUCACCUGCUAUAUCAUUAAUAAUUGGUGCAGGUGCUUAUGGUUUAGCUGCACUUCGUCAAGAACAAUGGAAACCAGUUGAGCCAACAACAAUAAAUGGCACAGUACCAAUGCCAACACGACCUCCUCCACGUGCACCUAUGUAUCAUACUUCGUCAAAUGCUUAA